ACCUCACGCUAUUGGUCAGCUCACCCGCCCGUCAGAGAAUCACUUCCUGUAGAGCUUCAUGGCAGAGAGAGAUCAGAGAGAGAUCAGAGGGGUGUAAUGAAGUGAUAACAGCUUUGUCUGGUCAUUACAGCUUCUAUUUAAGUUGCAGAUGUGGAGCAGACUGUUGAGUCCUCGUGUGAUUGGUAGAACAGCUGUCUGUUGGAGGAGUCUGUUCACUAUGAAGCUGAAGACCAGUGAGUUCCAGUCUCUGCUCUCUGAUGGGCUCAAUGGAAUAGCAGCGUUGUUUGAGAAGCACCAGUAUGAGCUGAGGAUAGCCGGGGGCGCUGUGCGAGACCUGCUGUCUGGGAAGCGGCCUGAAGACGUGGACUUUGCCACCACGGCCACUCCAGAGGAGAUGAAGCACAUGUUUCAAAAAGCUGGCAUCAGGAUGAUCAACAACAAGGGAGAGAAGCACGGGACCAUUACAGCGAGACUACACAAUGAGAACUUUGAGGUGACCACGUUGCGAGUGGACGUCGAGACAGAUGGACGUCAUGCAGAGGUGGAAUUCACCACCGACUGGCAGAAAGACUCUGAGCGGAGAGACCUCACCAUCAAUUCCAUGUUUUUAGGGCUCGAUGGCACAUUAUACGACUAUUUCAAAGGAUACGAGGACCUGCAGAACCGUGAAGUUCGGUUUGUCGGCAGUGCUGAACAAAGAAUCCAAGAGGACUACUUGAGAAUAUUGCGCUAUUUCAGGUUCUACGGCAGGGUGGCCCUGGAGCCUGAUGCUCACGAGCCUGAGACGCUGGCUGCUAUCAGGGAGAACGGCCGAGGACUUGCAGCUAUAUCCGGAGAACGGAUUUGGGUGGAACUAAAGAAGAUGGUUGUUGGCAACCAUGCUGCUCAUCUGCUGGAGCUGAUGUACAAUCUGGAACUGGCCCAGUACAUAGGUUUACCUCCAGAUGGCAAUGUUGAGGAGAUGAAGCGAGUGUGCCGGAACGCCAAAGACCACUCUCCCAAACCCAUGACCAUCCUGGCUGCUCUCUUCCGCCGCCCAGAGGAGGUGGAGAAGAUGGACAUCCGGCUGAAGGUAUCCAGGGAGGAGAAGACUCUGGCUCUGUUCCUGGUCAAACAAAGACGGGAGCUCCGCAAGAGCGGAGACGAGCCGGACAGCCUCAAACCCUUCACUGACUUUAUCAUUGACAGUCGGGAGCUGGAUACUCAGAGUAAACUGUGUGAGCUGCUGAAGUAUCAAGGUGAGGAGAAGCUGCUGGCGGAGCUCGGCAGGUGGUCCAUCCCUCACUUCCCCGUCAGCGGUCACGAUCUGAGGAGGAUGGGGGUCACGUCAGGCAAAGAGAUAGGAGCCACUUUACAGCAGCUCCGCGACAUCUGGAAGAAAAGUCGUUAUCAGAUGGACAAAGAUGAACUCCUCAAUUACGUGAAGUCUUAAAUGAGGAGAAAAGUGGAUCGGUAUCGAUUGAGCAGACUGCUGCUUAUUGUUAAAUAAGCACACUACAGGAACUGAGUCAUGCAGAGCCACUGAUGAAUGUAAUUUCAUUCUACAUUAGCCCAGAGGCUGCUUUUGUUCUCCUGCAUCGCCAUGUAAGGACAUCACACAUAAUAAACUCUCAUCAUCACAGCUGCCACCAUAUGAGAACACAAAGUACUAGACAAUGACUGCUGAUUUCCCUACAGGUGUUAUUACAGAGCUCACAUUUCUUCAAUAACCAGCUGUUAUACUGAUGCUCAGUUACUUUUAGGGCUGUCAACAAAUAAUCUAAAUUCAAAUAUAUAUAUUAGAAUAGUAAAAAAGAAACAGAUAUUUGAAUAUGAAAAUUGAUAAUGUGAACACAGCACACUGAAUGCAGCGCAUGGCGGGAGUCACUUUCAUUGAUAGAAAAUGAAAUUUAACGUAAGGUCAAACUGAACGAGGAAUAAUUCAACAACAACUGUAAAGAGGGCAGAGAAUUCGGCCGCAGAGACAGAGCGACACUGUCCUGACGGCAAGCGUUAACGUCAUACAAACAAACCACGUACCUCUCGGCUGUGUGCUCAAGAUCAGACUGGUGCAGUAACCACUUAAAAGACGGGUUAGUAGUGCUUGCUAUCUUCUGACAAACGUGUUAAAUAUUGUGAUAUUUACUGGAAAUUAAUACAAUACAGUCAACAGCGGGUGGGAAACUUCCAGCGAUCUCCAGCCAGCUGUCACAUUAUUUAGGUUUUUGUAGUGAAAUGAGGAGGUAUCGUAUAGAUAACUCUUCAUUUCAAUUUCACGAAUCAGUCGUCCACUGGGGGCUUUCAUAGCGAGCGACAUGAAUAAAUAGAAACGGAGCUUCUGACAAAAGUUCAGUUCAAAAUGGCGUGCUGCGCAGUGCUGUGGCGCUCGCGGUGUCACGGACAUAAUGCGGAAAAACAGAUAUUCGAAUAGUUCAAACCAAUGCAGGUUUUUUUUUUUUUAGAAGGAGUAUUCUAACCUUAUUUGGGGCGAUUUUGACAGCCCUAAAGUCACUAUAGAACAAUUUAUUUCCAUUGUUAAAACCACAUUGAAAAGCAGAUUGUUUUGUUUUUUCUCCUCAGUUUGACUGCAGUUGUGUUUUCUGUUUUCUCUAAAGAAAAUAUUCUAUAAAAAGGUUGUACUUUUUAUUUCAAAA